AGCCUCACUACGCCCCUGCGCACCGAGUCAGCCGGUCGGGAUGCGCGCACUGUGACGGGUUUGGACACCCUGGAGUGACCGGAGGACGCUGUUGACGCCUAAUCCCGCCACCCGCCCCGCCGCCUUUGGAAGACCAGUAAUCCACCGUGGAGUUCAGCGAAGAACCCUCACAGAUCGCGAGUUUUUUAUUCGGCUCGGGAGUGUGGCGGACCGGAGCAGGUGAAACCACCGUUUUUUUUUCUCGUUUGAUCGUCUCGGAAAGGUGCGGAGCCAUGACAGGCAGCCCGCGGGUCGCGACGCCCACCUGCUGACGGUAGCGGGCAGGAUGGAAGUCAGCUCUGCCGCUUACAGGAUCCCGAACCAGCCGAUUUAUCAAUGGAGGAGGAGAGUGACACACGGAAAAUCAACAACAGCUUCCUGCGCGACCACAACUAUGCCACCGAAGCUGACAUUAUCUCAACGGUGGAGUUUAACUCGACGGGGGAGCUGCUGGCCACUGGGGACAAAGGAGGCAGAGUGGUGGUCUUCCAGAGGGAGCAGGAGAGUAAGAGUCAGCCUCAGCGUCGAGGGGAGUACAACGUUUAUAGCACAUUCCAGAGCCACGAGUUGGAGUUCGACUACCUGAAGAGUUUGGAGAUCGAGGAGAAGAUCAACAAGAUCAAAUGGCUGCCUCAGCAGAAUGCGGCUUACUUCCUGCUGUCCACCAACGACAAGACCGUGAAGCUAUGGAAGAUCAGUGAGAGGGACAAGCGUCCGGAGGGCUACAACCUAAAGGAUGAAGACGGGCGCAUCAGAGACCCCUCCACCAUCACAACCCUCCGGGUACCUGUGCUGCAGCCCAUGGACCUGAUGGUGGAAGCCACGGCCCGGCGGGUCUUCAGCAACGCGCACACUUACCAUAUUAACUCCAUCUCCGUCAACUCCGACCUCCAGACCUACAUCUCCACCGACGACCUCAGGGUGAACCUGUGGAAUCUGGAGAUCACCGACCGCAGCUUCAACAUUGUGGACAUCAAACCCGCCAACAUGGAGGAGCUGACCGAGGUCAUCACCUCGGCAGAGUUUCACCCUCAGCAGUGUCACACGUUCGCCUACAGCAGCAGCAAGGGGUCGAUACGACUGUGCGACAUGAGGCAAGCGGCGCUUUGUGACAAGCACAGCAAGUACUUUGAAGAGCCGGAGGAUCCAUCCACUCGCUCCUUCUUCUCGGAAAUCAUCUCGUCCAUUUCAGACGUGAAGUUCAGCCACAGCGGCCGCUACUUGAUGACCCGGGAUUACCUCACCGUCAAAGUGUGGGACCUUCAAAUGGAGAACAAACCCGUCGAGACCUACCAGGUUCACGACUACCUACGAGGCAAACUCUGCUCCCUGUACGAGAACGACUGCAUCUUUGACAAGUUUGAGUGCGUCUGGAAUGGAUCAGACAGUGUCAUCAUGACGGGCUCUUACAACAACUUCUUCCGGAUGUUUGACCGGAACACCAAACGUGACGUGACGUUGGAAGCGUCGAGGGAAAACAGCAAACCGAGGGCAAUUCUCAAGCCUCGCAAGGUGUGUGUGGGCGGAAAGCGCCGCAAGGACGAGAUCAGUGUGGACAGUUUAGACUUCAGCAAGAAGAUCCUUCACACCACGUGGCAUCCUCAUGAGAACAUCAUCGCUGUAGCAGCCACCAACAACCUUUACAUCUUCCAGGACAAAGUCAACUAAGGGACCCGGCAGGAGGACCAGGAAGCUUAGAAGAGAGUGAUGGAGCUGUCGCCUUCCUCUACUCCUCGGCUCCAGUGUGGAACCACGAAUGCAUUUUUCAAAUCCGGACUGCUGGGAUGGAUCAUUUACUGAUGCACACGGACAGCUGCGGAUGUGACGCCUGUGCAUUUAUGCAACUGGAGGAUCGCUUCACUGCUGUAGCCAUGUAGCAGCCCCCUGGACUGGAAAUUGGAAGCUGGAUUUUUGGCACAAGGCACACAGAGCAGAGCACACGCUGACGGCGGCUCCCUGGCAUGUAGCAACAGCGCCCCCUGUCUUACAAUCCGUGAGCAACCCUGCUGGUCAAUUCUGGACAAGUUGCGGCAGGUGGACAGUGAACCUUUGACCCCCAGAGAUCAGGAUUUCUCUGCGACCCGUGGUCAGUCUUUCUAGUUCCAGUUUUUGUCUCCGUGGUGAGAUGGCUGUAGUCUGUGAUGUGAACGAUGCCCUAACAAUUGUUUUUCUCCAUCCAUGAGUCUGUUUAGAAGCUGUGGUGCCUUCUUUUUGGUCAGUGGGGUUCAUUGUAGUGGGGACGGGAUGAUGUGUGAGGGACUGAAUUCAAGAGAGCAGGAGCAUGAGUGAUUCGAAUACAUGUUAACUGAGGUCUGUUUCCCUUUCCAAACCAACAAGUGAUGCAGGUGAAGCCAACUGCUUCUGCCACACAGGAUCUGUUAACUAUUCUGCUGGAAUUCCGACAGUAACUCAUAAUAAUAGUAAUAAUAAUCAAAUCCCUGUCAUGAAACACGACCAUGAUCUGAAUCGUGAAACCAGAAGAUGAGUGUGUGAAAUGUUUCUUUCUUGGCUGAGCUCCAACUGAAGAUUGUCCCUCGUCUCAAUAUUUGUGUUGAGCCUGAUUGUGUGGGAGGUGAAAUGAGCUCUGUGAAUUCAGGGAAUUAAAAACACGCGUGGUUGAUUUAAACCGUCUUCUAAACAACAAUCUUUCUGUGUCGACUGAAUCAAAGAUACUUUUAUAGCUCGGAAUGUACCGCGAUGAAAUUAAUUUAACAUGCAGUCUUGAUGCUCACCGGACUUUCUUUGGAUAAGAAAACGAAUAAAA